AUGGAACUCGAUUGGUGUUUGGAACAGCUAUAUGAGGGGAAACUACUUCCUGCUGAGACGAUCAGGGCGUUGUGUUUCAAAUUAAAGGAAUUGCUAGUGAGAGAAUCUAAUGUUGUUCAUAUCAGUACGCCUGUGACUGUUGUUGGUGACAUUCACGGUCAAUUCCAUGAUCUUUUAGAGAUAUUCCAUAUUGGUGGACCUCUGCCGUCCACAAAUUACGUGUUUUUGGGUGAUUAUGUCGACAGAGGGUUGUACAGUGUGGAGACAAUUACUUUGCUGAUAACGUUAAAGCUUAGAUAUCCAAGCCGUAUUCAUCUAAUUCGUGGUAAUCAUGAAUCACGUCAGAUCACCCAGAGUUAUGGUUUUUAUACGGAAUGUUUGAACAAAUUUGGCGAGGGAAGUCAAGUAUGGCAGUAUUUCACGGAUCUAUUCGAUUAUUUGAUUCUUGCAUGUAUCAUUGAUGAUACAAUUUUCUGCGUUCAUGGUGGACUUUCACCCAAUAUUCAAUCCAUUGAUCAAAUACGGAUUAUCGAUAGGAUCAGAGAAAUCCCACAUGAUGGCGCCAUGGCAGAUUUGGUCUGGUCAGACCCUGAAGACGACAGAAACGAUAUCACUUCUUCACAAUUCAAAGUCUCACCGAGAGGUGCUGGUUACACUUUCGGUAAAGCUAUAGUGGACAAAUUUUUUAGCAUCAAUGGUGUCACAAAGAUGCUCAGAGCUCAUCAACUAUGUAACGAGGGAUAUCAGGAUUAUUUUGGAGGGAAAGUCACCACUGUUUGGUCCGCUCCCAAUUACUGUUAUCGUUGUGGGAAUAAAGCAUCUAUUUUAGAAUUAUACUCACCAACAGACUUUCACUUUAACGUGUUCGAUGAAGCUCCAGAAAAUAAACUACUUACAGAUCCAAUGCUUAAUGAUAAAACUUUACAUUCCUUCUUCGAAGAAGAUGACGAUGCACACAUGGGGCAAUAUGACGUAUUCUCCGAUGAGCACCAAGCAAAAUAUGCUCUGAAAAGACAAGUUGACUAUUUUUUAUGA